AUGACUUCAAAUUGAAAACAGCGAAUUUCCGAGGUGUCAUUUCUGUGACCAUGAAGGGUCGGUGGACGGUGCCCAAGUACAGCGGCGAAGUGGAUUUCUUCAACCGCUGUGUGUCUGACCCGAACAGCAAAUCCUUCGGAAGGUACACUGAGGUGUGCCCGGCUACAACCAUGAAGCAGGGUCAAAAAAACGUGUUUCAGUUAACAUACUCAGGCAAACACUGUGCCAUUCACGCCUAUUCCCCGGACAUGAACCGCGUGUUCGCCUACGACAACGAGUUCGGCCUGGCUGUCAAGCUCUGCGCCGCGAAAGCCGAUAAUCCAGAGCUAAAGUUUGGCAUCGCCGCCUUCGACAUCGACUACGACGACUACGACAACACGUGUGUCUCCCUAAACACAUACGGCCGAAACAGCCGCCUGCAGCGAGUCAAGAUGGUAGUGGACUACAUCAGGAGCCAAAAGGGCGACGAUUUCAAGGAGGCUACCUGCAGGAUCUUCGGGGAAUAGGAGCGCCU